UUAUAUGGUUAUAGUUGAUGGUGAUAAAACCACGCAAAUUGUAAUGUGUUCCCGCGGGCCCCGGGGUGAACAAAUGAAUUACCUAAUUAAAGAGUUGUUAUUAUUGAUUUUUAUUCCUUUUCUUUUGGGAUUGGUGGUCUGACGUAACGAGAAUGGGUAUUUGUUGUAUUUUCUUUUCAGAAUCCAUUUUUCUAAAGAAAGGUAGAUUGUUAUGGAUGACAUUAUUAUAUGUUGGAGGGUGGGAUUUAAUACAUCGGGGGUUAUGCUUAAGCGUCUAUCACUUUGCAUCUACGUGCGGGGAAGUUGGAGAUGGGGAUCCUCUAUUAAUUACAUUUUGUUUCUUUCGAGAAGGUUGCUUUAUGGGGAUAAUUGUAUUGUUAGGAUUUUCUAGUACUUUCUUUUGUUUAUUGGGAUUGGAUUAUAGAGGGUGGUUUUUGUUGUUGGUGUGCUUACUAUGCAUAGUGACAUAUAUGAGAUGGAUGACUGUAGACCGUCGAAUUAAAUGAUUUCGAUUCCCAUUACUGCUAACUUUCGUAGAAGUGAUUCUCGUCUACCAAGCACAGGCAGAGCCUCAUAUCUGAGUCACGCCGUCGGUCGGAAGCCGUCCUCCAAACCAGAGAAA